CUCUCUCUCUCAGUCUCUCUCUCCUCUGUGUGGUUUCUUGCUAUCACCACUCUCCAGACUCUCUCUCUCUCUCUCUCUCUCUCUCUCUCUCUCUGUCUUCAUUUAAUGGUUCUCAGAAUUUGAGAGGUCCCCCUUCGAGGGAAAUUCAUCCCCGCCCGCGGGAGACCUUGCGCCCGCCCUUCUCGGCGAUCUUCGCUCUCAACUCGCCGGUUUUUGCCCAUUUCCUUCCCACCCAGCAAUUUAAAACAGGGAAAAAAAAGGAGCUUUCCUUCUUUCUAAACUUUGCUCCUGCUCAGAAGCUAAGAUCACAGAGAAGCCCAAAAUACCACUUGCUUCUUUGUCCCUCCCUCUCUCUCUCUCUCUCUCUCUCUCUCUCUCUUACUCUCUCUUGCUCUGCUUCUAAGCUUCUUCAAAAUCUAUGAUGAUGUUUCCUUGACAAUGUUGGAAGUGUUCUUGGGACUGUGAAGCUUGAGCAAGCUCUUCUUGGACUUGGGGUUUCUUCCUGCUUGCCGAGGGGUUAUUUUUGCUGGUGAUCAACUUCUUGUUGUGGUUGGUGGGGUCUUCGUUCUGUUGAGGUAGCUGCCGGUGCUUUUUUUUGGGGUCGCCUGUGAGUACUGCUGUCAACUUUUUUCUCAUAUUAGACAACAGUGCGUCAAGGAAAGUUGCUUUCCUUGAGGGAAAGAAUGUGCGAAUAUUUCGUGCUAAAUCUCCAGCGCAUCAUGUUGGUAUCUUCUUGGCUCGCCAUUCAUGCUUUGAGAUUGUAAAAAUAUCGCACUUCGCUUUGAUUGGUGGUGAGUUGGUCGUUAAUCCCCAAUUGCUCUGUUUGGAGGGGCUCUGUUGCUCCUGCCCUGUCACCUUUAGAAAGUAUACAAUAUUUACCACUUCAGUCAUCUGUUUCUUUGACUGUUGCUCGAGUGCAUUUUGAGCUUCCUUUCAUUUCAUUGAUCUUUUAGCUACCCUCAUGAACCAUAAUCCUAGUGCUUCCCUUCCUUGAAGAAACUGUUCAAAAUCCUUUCUUCAAGACCUACGUAUCAUAUUUAACCUCUAUGCACUGAGCUAAGAAUGGUAUUCAGAGUGUUUCUUCUACUUCUCUUUGCUCCGAUUUUCGCCCAAUCUUUAGACGCAGUUUUCAACGAUGACGUUUUGGGGUUGAUUGUGUUCAAAGCCGGGCUUCACGAUCCCAAAGACAAGCUUUCUUCGUGGAAUGAAGAUGCUGAAUAUCCUUGUGACUGGGUCGGGAUCAAAUGCGACCCGAGGUCUAACCGAGUCACUGAGGUUGCUCUUGAUGGAUUUUCUCUUUCCGGACACAUAGGCCGUGGCCUUUUAAGAUUGCAAUUCCUCCAGGUUCUAUCACUUUCCAAGAACAACUUCAGUGGACCUAUCAACCCCAGUCUCACGAACAUUGGGACCUUGCAAGUCCUAGAAUUGAGCGAGAACAACUUCACGGGAUCAAUCCCAGAUGAAAUGUUUCAGCAAUGUGGCUCGCUAAGAGUAGUUUCAUUUGCUAAAAAUAGUCUCAUGGGGCGGAUCCCUGAUUCUUUAAGCUAUUGCUCGACAUUGGUCGCUGUUAACUUCUCCUCCAAUCAGCUAUCUGGGAAGUUACCUCUAGGAAUGUGGUUUUCGAGGGGGCUUCAAUCGCUUGAUCUUUCUGAAAAUUUACUGGAGGCAGAGAUCCCUGAAGGAAUUCAGAACUUAUAUGAUGUUAGGGUUGUGAACCUACGGAGAAACCGGUUCACCGGGAAUAUUCCGGGGGAUAUUGGAGGAAAUUUGCUUUUACGCUUUCUUGAUCUGAGCGAGAAUUUGUUCUCUGGGAACCUUCCAGAAUCAAUGCAAGGACUGGGUCUAUGCAGUUCUCUUGAUGUACAUGGAAAUUUACUUACAGGGGAGAUUCCAGAUUGGAUUGGGGAAUUAAGAAGCCUCGAGAAUUUAGAUCUCUCGGGAAACAAACUGUCUGGUUCAAUCCCACCGUCAAUUGGAAAUAUCCAGUUACUAAAGAAACUAAAUCUGUCGACGAACCUUCUCACCGGAAGCUUACCGGACUCGAUAUCUAACUGCAAGAACCUUUCAAUUCUAGAUGUUAGCCAGAAUUUGUUAACGGGUGGUUUUCCUUUUAAGCUGGACACUGGAGGUGUCUCACUUUUGGGAAAUGGAGUAGAUAAACGCGCGGAAUAUACUUCACUUCCAGCUACAAGUUUGUAUAAUAAUCUGCGGGUCAUGGACAUAUCUUCAAAUGCUCUCUCCGGUGAAAUUCCGGCCGACCUUGGCAUUCUUAGUAGUGUGGAGUCACUGAAUAUGUCGAGGAACUUGUUCUUCGGUUCCAUCCCAGCCAGCAUAGGUGUAUUAAAGUACACUCAGUUUCUUGAUUUGAGCAACAAUCGGCUAAAUGGAAGCAUUCCUCCUGGAAUUGGAGAAGCAAUUUCGCUCAAGAACUUAAAGCUGGACAAAAACUUCCUAAGUGGAAACAUUCCACCUCAGAUUGGGACAUGCUCGAAUUUGACAUCACUGAUCCUGUCACAGAAUAACCUGACCGGCCCGGUCCCUCCUUCCAUGGCGAACCUCACUAAUUUAGAGUACGUGGACUUUUCCUUAAACAAUCUCUCCGGAAGCUUACCCAAGGAGCUGGCAAAUCUUUCGCACCUGCUCUAUUUCAAUAUCUCGCACAACCAUCUGGAAGGCGAGCUCCCCGUCGGCGGGUUCUUCAACACCAUUCCUCUCGCAUCUGUCUCUGACAACCCGUCUCUUUGCGGCUCUGUUGUCAAUGAUUCAUGCCCCUCAGUCCAUCCAAAACCCAUUGUCCUAAACCCUAAUUCUUCCAACCCUGCGGGUGCUGCAUCCUCUUCAAAUCACCGCCACAAGCGUAUUAUACUCAGCAUAUCUUCCCUUAUUGCCAUCGGUGCCGCAGCUUUCAUUGCCAUUGGAGUGAUAACCAUAACUCUCCUGAAUAUCCAUGUUCGGUCUUCCAUGGCUCAUUCUGCUCCGGCACUCACACUAUCUGGAGGUGAAGAUUUCAGCUGUUCGCCGACUGCUGACCCAAAUUAUGGGAAACUAGUCAUGUUUUCUGGAGAUGCUAAUUUUGUUAUGGGGGCCCAUGCAUUGCUCAACAAAGACUCCGAGCUGGGCCGUGGUGGCUUCGGAGUUGUUUAUCGCGCGGUACUCCGUGAUGGUCGAUCAGUGGCAAUCAAGAAGCUAACCGCCUCGGGUUUGAUGAAGUCCCAAGAUGACUUUGAGAGGGAGGUCAAGACAGUUGGAAAGAUCCAGCACCCUAAUCUCGUAAAGCUAGAAGGAUACUAUUGGACACCAUCAUUGCAGCUUCUAAUUUAUCAAUUCGUUCCUAGCGGGAGCUUGUACAAGCAUCUUCAUGAUGCAGAUGAGAGCAACAGCCUAACUUGGAGGCAGAGAUUUAACAUAGUACUCGGGAUGGCCAAAGGAUUGUCGUAUUUGCAUCAAAUGGGUGUGGUUCAUUACAAUCUGAAGUCAACAAAUGUUCUAUUGGACGGCUCAGGAGACGCAAAGGUAGGCGAUUUUGGCCUUGCAAGAUUGUUGCCAAUGCUAGACCGUUGUAUCUUAAGCAGCAAAAUCCAGAGUGCGCUCGGCUACAUGGCUCCGGAAUUUGCAUGCCGAACGGUAAAAAUAACGGAGAAAUGUGAUGUCUACGGGUUCGGGAUUUUGGUUCUGGAGGUAAUAACAGGGAGAAGGCCAGUGGAGUACAUGGAGGAUGAUGUGGUGGUGCUCUGUGACAUGGUGAGGGGCGCUUUAGAGGAAAGCAAGGUGGAGAAAUGCAUCGACGGGAGGCUCGGAGGUAGUUUUCCACCUGAGGAGGCGAUCCCGGUCAUAAAGCUCGGUCUAAUAUGCGCAUCUCAGGUGCCCUCGAACCGGCCGGAUAUGAGUGAAGUCAUCAACAUUUUGGAGUUGAUCCAGUGCCCCUCGGAAGGUCAAGAGGAAAUACAAUGACCUUAUAGUUUUGUUUAAAUUAAAGAGCAAUACGGUUCUAUAGAGUUUGCCAUUGCAGAGGAAUCCAGUUUGCGUGAUCUGAAAAGAUCUUGAUACUGUGAUUCAUAUACUUCAUGCAUCUUCCUCUCAUUACGGCUCUAUUUUUGGAUUCUUUCUUCACUGGUGUGAUAUUACAAGAGUCCAAAUGUUAUGUCCUCUAUAUCAUACUUCGCUUUCAACAUAAAGACAGCCCGAAUCUCUUCGAUUUGGUU